CACAUCACUGCUCUUCAUUUAGAGGAACGUCCCCAUUCUUGUGACCGUUGUGGCAAAUCGUUUCCCUUAAAGUGCACUUUGCAAAGGCACAUCCGUACUGUUCAUUUAGGUGAGCAACCCCACAAAUGCGAUCAUUGCGGUAGAUGCUUCCCUCAAGACGACGUUUUGAAAGAACACAUUGACGCAGUGCAUUUGAGAGAGCGACCCCACAGAUGCGACCAUUGUAGUAGUUGCUUCCUUCAGAAGGCCGCUCUGAAAAAGCACAUUGACACAGUGCAUUCGACACAGCGCCCCUAUGCAUGUGAUCAGUGUGGCAAAUCGUUUUCUGAGAAUGGUAUGCUUCGAAGACACGUCAUACUUGUUCAUUCGA